AUGUCGCUCUACACGCCGUCUUCCAAAGCAGCCAAGCGGCGAGCGGCCAACCUCGGCGCCUCCACCAGCAAUCACACCUCCACGCCGAACCACCUCACCUCUUCGUCCAGCAGAAUGGCCAAUUCGCACCAUCACAUCGAGGCCGCACUCACAGACGAACAGCGUCAGGAGAUCAAGGAGGCCUUCGAGCUGUUCGACACGGACAAGGACGGUGCGGUGGACUAUCACGAGUUGAAGGUGGCUAUGCGAGCAUUGGGAUUCGAUCUGAAGAAGGCGGAGGUGUUGAAGCUGUUGAGGGAGAACGAUAAGACAAACUCGGGGCUGCUCGAGUGGGAGGACUUCAACCGCAUCAUGUCGGAAAAGAUCGCAUCAAGAGACCCCAUGGAGGAGAUCCGCAAGGCGUUUGCGCUAUUCGACGACGACGCUACCGGCAAGAUCUCGUUGAGGAAUCUCAAGCGGGUCGCAAAGGAGCUCGGCGAGACACUCGACGAUGACGAGCUGCAGGCCAUGAUCGAUGAAUUCGACCUGGAUCAGGACGGAGAGAUCAACGAGAACGAAUUCGUCCAGAUCAUGAUGGACGAUUCCUAG